CCAGCCUGCAUCAUGUAUAAACACGCAGAGGGAUGUGUUAGCGGUUGUUUCCAGCUAUGUAAUGUCUUUCGUCAGAACAUGGAGAUAGACCAGUGUCUGCUGGAGUCUCUCCCCAUUGGCCAGCGCCAGCGGCUGGUCAGGAGGAUGCGCUGUGACCAAAUAAGGGCGUACUACGAGAGGGAAAAGAGCUUUCAGCGCCAGCAAGGUGACAGCAAGGUUCGAGCCCCGCCCACCCACCGCAAGAAACACCACGUCCGCUUCAGCCUCCCCGACAUCGUACAGGAUGCCAUCAUUCGCCAUGACGACAAAGAAGUAUUGCGUCUUCUGAAGGAGGGAGCAGAUCCCAACACUCCCAUUUCUUCUGGAGGAUCCUUGCUACACCUGUGUGCUCGCCAUGACAAUGUGUUUGCGGCGGAACUUCUGAUUGAGCGAGGAUUGAAUGUCAACCUGCAGGACGAAGACCUGUGGACAGCCCUGCAUGUAGCAUGUGUAUGUGACCAUGCAGAUGUGGUGCUCCUGCUGCUGCUGGCUGGGGUGAAUGUUCUGCUGCAGGACGUCAACGGAAACAUCCCUUUAGACUACGCCUCUGAGGGAACUGAGACCAGCUACAUCCUCCGAAAACACCUGGAGGAAAAUGGUGUGGAUGAGUCAUCCAUGCACACCAUGAAGACACAGAGACCCAGCACAAUGCUGUCUGAUGUUAGACAGCUUGUAACCACAGGCGGAAGCCUCAACCAGACUAAUGAUGACGGGGUCACUCUGCUCCACAUAGCAUGUGCCAGUGGUUAUAGAGAGGUGGUGUCUGUGUUGUUGGAGAGUGGGGUGGACCCUCAUCCUGCUGAUAACAACUUUUGGACCCCUCUCCACCUGGCUGCUAAAUAUGGACAGACAAGCAUCGUUAGCCAGCUCCUGAGGCACGGAGCAAACCCAACUCUGUUGAACUGCAACCAAGAUAAGCCCUCAGACAUUGCUGUGUCAGAGCCCAUAGCUGAGAUGCUGCUAAACGCAGAGGAGAGCUGGCUGCAGAGACUGACGGACCCCUCAGCUCCUCUACCCCGCACUGACCAACGCUAUGAUGGCGGUUCUCACGAUCUCAACACUCCUGUCAAGAACAUGAGCCCCCUGGGUCUCUCUAUCUCUAAGCGAGACAGUCUGCUGGAGAAGUGUGCCAUGUUCAGAGAGGCAGGUGGAGCACUGAGCAGACAGCCCUCCCAGGACAAUGGCCUAGAUGGCCCCUUUAGCUCUGGAAGCAGCAAACUGGAGCAGGUCAAGCUGAUGCCACCAGCCCCCAAUGAUGACCUGGCGUCCCUCAGUGAGCUGACUGACAGCAGCCUGCUCUACGAGAUGCAGAAGCGGUUUGGCAAUGACCAAAUAUAUACUUACAUUGGACACAUCCUUCUGCUGGUCAAUCCAAACAAAGAGCUGCCCAUCUACUCCACUUUGGUGAGCCAGUUGUACCUGAGCUCCACAGGUCGUCUGUGCUCCUCUCUGCCUCCUCACAUCUUCUCCUCAGCAGAAAGAGCUUACCACAUGAUGCUGCAGGAGAGACGCCCGCAGUGUUUUAUCUUGAGUGGCGAAAGUGGUUCUGGGAAAACAGAGGCCUCUAAGCACAUAGUGAGACACUUGACAGCCCGCUCCAGCCCCAAAGGCUUUGCGCUGGAGCCCAGAAUGAAACACGUUAACUGUAUUCUGGAGGCCUUUGGUCAUGCAAAGACUCUGAGGAACAACAACUCAAGCCGCUUUAUCAAGCUGUUGACCAUCCAGUACUGUGAAAAGAGAAGGACGCUGCUCCGAGCCCGUGUGUACACCCACAUGCUGGAGAAGUCUCGCCUGGUCCACCUGCCUCCUCACCAACACAACUUCAGCAUCUUCUAUCUGAUGGCUGAAGGCCUGUCACCGGAGGAGAACAGCGCACUUUACCUCAACAACGUCCUGGCUCAUAGGUAUCUUAGUGGAGGACUUCCGGGAGAGAAGCCUCCAGUAGCUACAGCCUCUACCCAGAGCAGGGAACGCCUCGCAGCAGUCAAGCAAGCUCUGCGAGCUCUGGGUUUCAACAAACAGGAGGUUGACUCAGUGUUCAUGCUGUUAUCCGCUGUGCUCCAUAUUGGGGACCUACGUUUUACGGCAUUGACAGAUGCCGAUACAGCCUUCCCUUCUGACCUGCAGCUGCUGGAGAGAGUUUCUGGAAUGUUGCAGGUGUGCUCCAAUGACUUAAGCACGGCCCUCACCUCAGACAUUCAGUACUUCAAAGGUGACGUGAUCACUCGGCGCCACACAGUGGAAAUGUCAGAACAGUACAGAGACCAGCUCGCAAAGGCCAUCUACGGACGCCUCUUCAGCUAUCUGGUCAACAGUACCAACGACUACCUUCAGGGACAGCAGGACAGCAUUGGUGAUCCUUCCUUAGAAAUUGGGAUCUUGGACAUCUUUGGGUUUGAAGAAGUUCAGAGGAAUGGAUUUGAGCAGCUGUGCGUGAACAUGACCAACGAGCGGCUGAGACAGUUUGUCUCUGAGGUGCUGUUCCAGCAGGAGCAGGCUGAGUGUCUGCAGGAGGGCAUCGCCAUGGAGAGCCCGCGCUCCCCCACCAUCCAACCAGCCGUUGUGGACUUCUUUCUUCAGAAGCCUCAAGGACUGCUGUGUGUGUUAGAUGAGGAGAGCCAGAGCCUGCGGCCAGCAGAGCAGACCCUGUACAAGAGGCUGUCAACCCAGCUGGACUCCAAUCCGACUCACGGCCUCUCUCUCACAACCAAGGACGGCAAUGGAAACCCCCCCCCCAAAGACCAGGGCCCAGCAUUUACUGUCAGCCACUAUGCUGGACAGAUUUCAUAUGACCUCACAGGGUCACUCACAAGAAACAAGGACUCCCUUCCUCAGAAUCUCUUGUUAAUGAUGAAGUCCAGCGAGUGUGUGUUACUGCAGCAGCUCUUCCAGUCCAAGUUGACUCAGACUGGUUCUCUGGUGCCAGCAGCCCAGGGCCGUGCUGGGCUGAGGGGGCCUAAAGCUGCACUGUUGCUCCACAGGAUGUCAUCAUCCUCCCUUGUCACUGCCAAUACUGUCCCCCAGCAGCCCCGGAGGUUCCAUGAUCUUACCAAGGUUUGA